AUGUUCUCAAAUAGUUUAAAUAGACAAUUAAGAAUAUCUUUGAAAUCAAACCUUAGAAUCAUUUCUAAGUCCCGUUUUUACAGUACCGGAUCAAAUAGUGGAUCUAAUAACGGGAAAAUUCUAAUUGGUUUAGGAGCAUUAGCAAUUGGUUCAACAAUCGCUGCUACUUUAUAUCAAAAGAAUGAUCCCAAAUCUGCCAUCGAACCAGUAAGAUCUGCAUUCACCAAAGAUGAAGUUUCGGUCGUUUUUGUCUUGGGAGGUCCAGGUGCCGGUAAGGGUACUCAAUGUGCCAAAUUGGUUAAUGAAAAAGGAUUUGUACAUUUAAGUGCCGGAGAUUUAUUAAGAGCCGAACAAAAAAGAGAAGGUUCAAAAUAUGGUGAAUUAAUUGCUUCUUACAUUAAAGAAGGGAAAAUCGUUCCUCAAGAAGUCACAGUUGCUUUAUUGAAACAAGCCAUUACUGAAAAUCAUGAUAAAGGUAAUAAGAAGUUCUUAGUGGAUGGAUUCCCAAGAAAGAUGGAUCAAGCUAUUACUUUUGAAGAUGAAAUUGUUCCUUCAGCUUUCACCCUUUUCUUUGAAUGUCCAGAAAAGGUAAUGUUGGAUAGAUUAUUAGAAAGAGGUAAAACCAGUGGUAGAGCUGAUGAUAAUAUUGAAAGUAUAAAGAAGAGAUUCAGAACUUUCAUUGAAACUUCCAUGCCUGUAGUGGAUUAUUACGAAAAACAAGGAAAAGUCGUCAAAGUAAGAUGUGAUUCUCCUGUUGACGUUGUUUAUAGUCAAGUCUUAGAAGGCUUGAAAUCUAAAGAUAUUUAA